AUGGUAUGUCCUCAGCUGCUCGCUCUUCUGCUUAUAGUGAUAAAUAUAAAGUGCGUAGUUUCUCUUAGAACACACACUUUUAGGAACAGGUCAGGCAUACAACACCAGCACAGUGACUUCCUCCAUGGCGGUGAGCAAGGGAGACGAAGGGAUGUUCCCACGUUCGUCAAUGUAACUUAUAAAAACGGUUUGAAGCUCCCCAGUCGAUGCAUCUUUGAUCGGUUGAGGAAUCCUUUUAAGUGCUUAUCACCCUUAAGGGGCAGCUUCCAAACUGUGCAGGUGAGCAGGAGAGAAAGGAAGGGGGACUCCUCCCGAUUAGAAAAUUUGAGCAUCACACAGGGCACUUCCGUAGCUGUGCUCCAGGGUGAAGGUAAAAAUGUAGUCAGUGAAAAGAGAAACAUUUUAUGCAACAGGUUGAAGGAGCGCACACAAGAUGGUCAUUUGUUGGAUGAGGGAAGUGACGCAGUUGGAGGCGGCUCGAAGGACCAAAUUACACAUGAUAGGGGAAUAGAGAUUGAGCAGGGGAAGAGCCCCAAGCGGGAAGAGGGGGGAGCCAGGGGAAUGAGUCAGAUACAGGGAAAGGGAGGCAGUCUGGUGGGGAGGAGCAGAGGUGCCUAUCGGAAGAGGGGCCCCCCCCAGGGGGUCGUGGACAUACAGAACACGCAUGUGCGGGGCUUUCUGCAGGGCGGCGGAGAGGGCCGGUCGCUGCACCUGCUGAACUACAUCUACCAGUCGUGGAAGGAGAAGAACUUCGCCAACUUCGUCACGGCGAUCAAGGACGAAGGGUUCGACCACACCUGUGUGGAAAAGUGGCUGCACAAAAUGUCCAUCAGCCUGAAUAAGAAAUAUGUAAAAAUACAACUGAGGAGGGACUACGUGUUGAUUAAGAAUAAAUAUUUUGAUCCGAGGCAAACGAGAGUGAAAGAGUUUCACCUAACGUAUGGAGACAUUAACAGAUGCUUGGAGAUUUUAAUAAAAGACAUGGGCAAAUUCUGUUCAUAUGAAAUGUCGUCGAUUCUUUGGGCCAUCACCAUUAUUUUGAUAAAGCUCUUUAAAAGCUCCAACAGCGUGGACACUAGUGCCUGCGCGGUGUACUCGGAAAGGGAGGCGGUGGUAACUACACUGUUGCGUAAUUUUAGGGAAUUUUUUUCGCUGAUUGUUUCCCACUUGAAUAGGGUGAAGGGGUACUUGUCCAUCGACGAGUCUCUGUGGGCCAUCUGGAGCCUGUGCAAGCUCCUGCACUUCAACGUGCUGGCCGCGCCCCCCGUUGGGGGUGGAAGUGGCAGCGGUGGGAGCGGUGGAGGUGACUUCUCAGCGAGUGACUUCUCAGUGAGUGACUUCUCAGCGAGUGACCCCUCAUUGGGAACCUCCCCCCAGGGAGAGGGCCCGCGCGAAGGGCGCGCGUACAGCCCGCACCAAGUGGCCUACCUGAAAAACAAAUUCCAGCUGACCGAAGAAAGCGUCACGCACAUCCUUGACAUAUUCAACCACAUAUACAAGUACCUCCACGGAAACCUGCAAUUCCUGCAGGAAAAAUAUUACGUCUACAUCCCCUUCAUCAUCUUCGAGUCUCAGACGCUGCUGCUCAGAAGCAGCGUGCUGCUGCUCAACAAGAUCCUCUCCAUCAUUUUGCGGAGGAACAUUUUGCUUUCCCUGUUCAGCUUCGACACACUCAAAAGGCAAUAUGGGAGAGGCACUCCCCAAGGGCAGAGUAGAGGAGCCCCCCUCGUCAGCAUCCCGCAUAGCAAAAAUGGCUACGCACAAAAUGGGGACGUCUUUAAAAUUAAAACCCUGAGCAAGGUGUACAAACUGAUCAAAUGCAUUUCAAAAAUAUUUUACCCUUUGAAGAACCCCAACAUCCGGAAUUUGAAUUUGCAUAAUAAUUAUAGGAGCCUGGAUGUGGCUCUCCUGGGCGACUUCGUUCGCGCGUGCAAUGAUGUCCUGGUGAAGUACGUAGACUACUUCGUGUUCGUCAUUGGUCGGGGCGGGGGAGAGUGCCCAGUGGAGGAGGGAGGCGAGGUUCACUUGGGUGUAGCUGCGGAGGGGGAAGACCGACUACCUCCCGGGGAACGCAUACGCGUGGAGCAUAAGAACGAGCUGGUGUUCAUUUACAACUGCCUGAAGAGCUCCCUCGUGUCGCUGAUCAAAUUGGACCUGAAGGACAAGUACCUGUACGAGUGGCUGAACGGGAACAUGCACCUCUUUCAGUUUGGGCGGGCCAGGAGAGGUAAUGCCCCAGUUGGUAGCGGCCCAGUCGGUAGCGGCCCAGUCGGUAGCGGCCCAGUCGGUAGCGGUCCAAUCAGUGGCGGCCCAGUCGGUAGCGGGCCAAUCAGUGGCGGCCCAAUGGGCAAUGUGCCAAUCGCUGCCGCCCUAGGUGACCGCUAUUCCGACCACUUCCAAAGCGAGGAGCUCCCGGGAGAGGGCCCACCUCUUGUGGAGGGCAGCCCCGUGGGGGAGACUAACUCUAAGAAUACCUCGUAUGGUGAGCCCCAAGUGGGAGAUGGCAACACCCACCUUGGCCAAGGCGAGGGGGUCAAUCUAACCCCGUUGGGCCCCCCUGCAAGUGUAACCACCGCUACCCCUUCAAAUGGCAGUGCAAACCCCAAUGAUGUGUGCCUGGAUGUGCUGGCGCUGAGCAAGUUCACCAAGUUGUAUAGCACCGAAAUGAAGAGGAAGCUGAUAGACAACGUGAAGCGGAGCAUUGCAGAUUCGCUGAAUCAGUUUGAAGAUCUGUACGGGGGUAGCGACACCGACCAGGUGCAUUACCCGACGUACGUGUGCAUUAACGAUAUAUACAUCAUACAGGAAAGGAAAAUAGAAGAACUGUAUGAUGAGGAGACCAAGACGUUUUUCAAAAAAAAAAAAAAAAACAACAACUUUAGGAACAUCAUAAUGCCAAAACAGCUAGCCAUUUACGUUAACUACAUAGGAAGAAAUAUGAAUCUGGUAGAAACGAAAAAACAGCUGGACGAAAUUUUCUCCCUCUCAGUGAGGUACAUCAAUACUACCCGCUUUAACUACUUCACCUCAAAUGAUAUCAUUCACUUUUUGCAAGGCCUCUUAAAUUACUACCAAGUGGAAAGGAAAGGCGUGAGUGCUCUGUCCGAACAAGUGAGCAAAAUGCUAAUACUGCUUUGCAGCAUUGUGGAGAGCUCGUUCCUCAAAUGGAAGUCCUCAAAUGUGUGCCAACUCGUUUAUUUGCUAACAAAGUAUAAGCAUAUACACAGGAAUAUUUUUAACAAAUUCGACUGGCUGCUCAGCACAAUUGAGUUUCCCCGCUAUGUGUAUAAGCGGGCUCGGGUGGACCCCCCAGGUGGUGGGGCGGCUCAAUCGGAUUAUCCAGACAGCCCCAAAAUGGACAGCACCGAAGUGGAUAGCCCCAAAAUGGACAUCCCCGAAGAGGAUAGCCCCAAAAUGGACAUCCCCAAAAUGGACGGCCCCAAAAUGGACAGCCCCGAAGUGGUGUUCUCCCCCCCCCCGCACCGCUCCGAGCGAACGAGCAAACCCACACACAUCAGCAUAAACGAAAUUAAAUAUGACAAUCUGGGCUCUGCUCUCUGGGCCAUGACCUCCCUCAACAAGCACGUAAUUAGAAAGAAGUUUUUCCUAAAAUUUUGUUACCUCUUUUCCGUGUACAUUUCGCUGCACAUGAAGUUAUAUUUAAGUGAGAAGCACCGAGGUGGUUACUACGCAAACGGUUUGGACAUCUCUACGGAGCGCACUGCGAAGGGGGAGUCUCCAAAUGAUGAUCACUUCUUACGGCACCAUGCCAGCUAUUUUAAAAUGCCCCUGGACACAAUGACCAUAAGUAUCUACGUCAACACCUUUGCGAGGAAAAUAAAAAUUGGGUUCAAAAAUCUGUAUGAUGUUAUUAAGGAUGACGUGAGGAUUGUCUCCUCCUUUUCUCUGAAGGAGCUUUCCUACAUUAUGUACUCCCUGGCUAACGUCGAUAGGAGUGCCUUGGGGGACAGCGUCUUCCAUGGUGAGUGCAGUUCUCUCCACGACGGGGGUGAUGCCAGGGAGGAGGGUAAGCGCCGCUUUGAGGAGUUUGUGCAGGGGGCGGGCGCCCUGUGGGUGGACGAGCUGGACGGCAUGUUUGACGCGGCGCAGGGGGGGUCCCCAAAGGAGAUAGGCAGUCGAGAAGAGGAAGACGCAGCAGCGAAUGAGGUGCCCCACCCUGACGGAGAGAGAAGCGGAAACGUCAGAAGCAGCGACGGCGGUAGCGGCGAUGGGGGGGACGACCACCCUACGACGGGGCGAAGCAAAACGAUCGCGCGGAAGAAAAACUUCCUAAAGUUCAAGAGAGACCGAAUCGAAAUUUCCAGCGAGUUCCUAAACAGCCUGAUGGAGAAAGUGUUCAACUGCGCAUCGGCCAUUUUGCAAAGGAAAAAAAAGUACCUCCAAGAAGCGGCCUCUGAUGACAGCCUCUACCUCAGUAACGCCAACAAAAGGAAGAAAAUCGAAAUAAUAGACCUCAUGAAAUUAGUGUACAGCAUUUUUGUUUUCCUAAACCAACGGGUUUUGAUCGGUCGAGUGGAUGGAAUUCGGUUCGACCUGGCCGAGCAGAUCAUUCGCCUGUACAGCCUCAUCGUCAAGAGCUUCCCCAGCACGCUCAACUACAUCUACGUCAUCAUCGACACCUACGCCCUCAUCAGCAAUGUGUACACGUUGGACGCCUUCACGCGGGGCAUCAUCAAGGUGGGUGGUCGAUUGGUUGGCGGUUCAAUGGAAACCACUGAACCGUCUCGAUGUGGCACCUCUGCCAGCACACAUAUCCUUCUACCCUCCUCCCAUCCUCCCCUCCCCCUGCAGGAAUUCGUCCAAAUUUGCGUAAAAAAGGUUGAAGAGGAGAAGAUGCUGGAUUUGGAGAAGAAAAAAAUUAUUUUGAGCAUUCAAAAUUUGAAGGCCACCAACUGA